AUGGCACCCAAAGAUAAUGAAGGAGAACUGCAGAUCAAUCCGAUUGAUGAUGAUACUAAUAUCAUGGAAACAACGAAAAAAAAGAAAAAACCCGAUAAAUUAUCAAAAAAGAAAGCAAAAGCAGAAAAAAAAGAAGUUAAUAUGGAUGAUCUCAAAAAAGAAUUAGAUAUUGAUGAUCAUAGAUUAGCAAUUGAAGAAUUGUUACAACGAUAUGGAACAGAUUCAAAAUUAGGUUUAACGGAUGAAAAAGCAAAAGAAAUUCUUGAAGCUGAUGGUCCAAAUGCGUUAACUCCACCAAAAACAACACCUGAAUGGGUUAAAUUUUGUAAACAAAUGUUUGGUGGUUUUGCUUUUCUUCUCUGGAUUGGUGCUCUUCUUUGUUUUAUUGCACAUGGUAUUACAAUUGCUACAUAUCAUGGUGAAGCACCAAAUGAUAAUUUAUGGCUUGGUCUUGCUUUAACGAUUGUUGUUAUUGUUACAGGAUGUUUUUCUUAUUAUCAAGAAGCUAAAAGUUCAAGAAUUAUGGAUUCAUUUAAAAAUAUGGUACCACUGCAAGCAAUUGUUAUUCGAAAUGGAGAAAGAAAAAAUGUUAAAUCAGAAGAUUUAGUUGUUGGAGAUAUUGUUGAUGUUAAGUUUGGUGAUCGUGUACCUGCGGAUAUAAGAAUAUUAGAAGCACAUGGAUUUAAAGUUGAUAAUUCAUCAUUAACUGGUGAAUCCGAACCUCAAUCUCGUUCAGCUGAAACAACACAUGAAAAUCCAUUAGAAACAAAAAAUUUAGCUUUUCUAAGUACAUUUGCUGUUGAAGGUACAGCAAGAGGUGUUGUUAUUCGUACAGGAGAUCGUUCUGUAAUGGGUCGAAUUGCAAAUUUAGCAUCAGGUUUAUCAACUGGUCAAACUCCGAUUGCACGAGAAAUAGCACAUUUUAUUCAUAUAAUAACUGGUGUUGCUGUUUUUCUUGGAGUUUCAUUUUUUUUCAUUGCACUUGUUCUUGGAUAUCCAUUUAUUGAAGCUGUUAUCUUUUUAAUUGGAAUUAUUGUUGCUAAUGUGCCUGAAGGACUUUUAGCAACUGUUACCGUUUGUCUUACAUUAACAGCUAAACGAAUGGCAAAAAAGAAUUGUUUAGUUAAAAAUUUAGAAGCUGUCGAAACUCUUGGAUCAACCUCAACAAUUUGUUCAGAUAAAACUGGUACAUUAACACAAAAUCGAAUGACUAUUGCACAUAUGUGGUUUGACACGCGAAUUGUUGAAGCUGAUACAAGUGAAAAUCAACAAAAUAUCACAUAUGAUAAAGAGUCUUCAGGAUGGUUAGCUUUAUCACGUUGUGCAAUGUUAUGUAAUCGAGCUGAUUUUAAACAAGAUCCAGAUAAUUUAUCUAAACCAGUUUUACAACGUGAAUGUAAUGGAGAUGCAUCAGAAUCAGCUUUAUUAAAAUGUGUUGAAAUAUCAAUUGGUAGUGUUAUUAAAUUUCGUGAAUCAAAUCCAAAAGUUUGUGAAAUUCCAUUUAAUUCCACAAAUAAAUAUCAAGUAUCAAUCCAUGAAAUGCGUACUGGAAAUGAUAAUGAUCAUAGUCGAACAUAUCAUUUAUUAGUUAUGAAAGGUGCACCUGAAAGAAUUCUUGAAAAAUGUUCAACUAUAUUUAUUGAUGGACAAGAUAUUGAAAUGAAUGAUUAUUGGAGAAAUCAAUUUCAAAAAGCUUAUAUGGACUUAGGAAGUUUAGGUGAACGUGUUUUAGGUUUUUGUGAUUUACGUUUACCAAGUAACAAUUUUCCCAAAGGAUUUCAAUUUAAUGGAGAACCACCGAAUUUUCCUGUUGAAAAUCUUCGUUUUCUUGGUCUUAUGUCAAUGAUUGAUCCGCCGCGAGCAGCUGUUCCUGAAGCUGUUUCUAAAUGUCGUUCUGCUGGUAUAAAAGUAAUUAUGGUCACAGGUGAUCAUCCAAUAACAGCAAAAGCAAUUGCACGUGCUGUUGGAAUAAUAUCAGAAGAAUCUGAAACAGUUGAAGAUAUCUCACAACGAUUAGGUGUCCCUGUCGAAGUUGUUAAUCCACGUGAUGCACGAGCUUGUGUUGUUCAUGGAGGUGAUUUAAAAGAAAUGUCACCAGAACAAUUAGAUAAUUUAUUAAAAAAUCAUACAGAAAUUGUUUUUGCACGAACAUCACCACAACAAAAACUUAUUAUUGUUGAAGGUUGUCAAAGACAAGGUGCAAUUGUUGCUGUUACUGGUGAUGGUGUUAAUGAUUCACCUGCUUUAAAAAAAGCGGAUAUUGGUGUUGCUAUGGGUAUUGCUGGUUCCGAUGUUAGUAAACAAGCUGCAGAUAUGAUUUUACUUGAUGAUAAUUUUGCAUCAAUAGUAACAGGUGUUGAAGAAGGUCGUUUAAUAUUUGAUAAUUUAAAAAAAUCUAUUGCAUAUACAUUAACAUCAAAUAUACCUGAAAUAACUCCAUUUUUAAUGUAUUUAUUAACUGAUACACCAUUAGCAUUAGGAACAAUAACAAUCUUAUGUAUUGAUUUGGGCACAGAUAUGAUUCCAGCUAUAUCAUUAGCUUAUGAACAAGCCGAAUCUGAUAUUAUGAAACGAAGACCAAGAGAUCCGAAACAUGAUCGACUUGUUAAUGAACGUCUUAUAUCAAUGGCUUAUGGACAAAUUGGACCAAUUCAAGCAGGUGCUGGUUUUUUUACAUAUCUUGUUAUAAUGGCACAAAAUGGAUUUCUACCAUCCCGUUUAUUGGGCCUUAGAAAAUCAUGGGAAUCAAAAAAUAUCAAUGAUCUAGAAGAUUCAUAUAGACAGGAAUGGACAUAUGAACAACGAAAACAACUUGAAUUUACAUGUCAUACUGCUUUUUUUGUUACAAUUGUUGUUUGUCAAUGGGCUGUUUUAAUAAUUUGUAAAACACGAAAAAAUUCCAUUUUACAACAAGGAAUGAAUAAUUGGAUGUUAAAUUUUGGUUUAGUUUUUGAAACCGUUUUAGCUGCAAUUAUAUCUUAUACACCAUAUUUAGAUACAGCUUUGAAUACUUAUCCAUUAAAAUUUGUUUGGUGGCUUUUACCAUUACCUUAUUUUUUCUUAAUUUUAAUUUAUGAUGAAGUUCGAAAAUAUAUUAUUCGUCAUAAUCCUGGAGGUUGGGUUGAAAGAGAAACUUAUUAUUAA